UAAUGACCUGACCGGUUUUAAAUGUUUUAUAUUUUGGUAAAGUUCAUCAAUCUGAAGGGAAACAAACAAGCAAGAAAUGGAGUUGAAAAGCUGUGACGUGAAUCUAUGGAAGGAAGCAUUAUCAGCCUACGAAUCCAGAAUCGAGGCCAUGGAUAAACCCAAUCUGGUGUCAUUAGACCGCUUCUAUUGCAAAGAGCUACCGUCUCUUAUUCAUCAACGGAACCCUAAUCCUCACAUCACCACACCUGAGCUCUCCAAGCUCAUGCAAUGGAAGCUCGGUCGCGGAAAAUGGAGACCACGUUUGUUGGAUUUUGUAUCAUCUCUGGAUGAGGAAAUGGUAAAAUCAGCUUCAGAGAAGGCAUUCAGAUCGUUACCAGAUGUUUCAAAAGCUAUUAGUGAGCUUACAGUGUUGAAGGGGGUUGGUCCUGCGACUGCCUCUGCUAUCUUGGCUGCUUAUGCACCUGAUAUUGCACCUUUCAUGUCAGAUGAGGCAAUGGUGGCAGCUCUGGGGAACUCAAAACAAUAUACAUUGAAACAAUACCUUGUGUUUGUGGAGAAACUUGAGGCAAAAGCAAAGGUGUGUAUUGUAUAUGCAUUAGGAAUUAAGUGCAAUGGGGGAGGUAUUCACAGCCUCGGAUGUGGAAAGAGCUUUAUGGAGUGGUGCCAAGUCGAAGAAUAAUAAUGACAGUGAUGAUAUCAAGUCCACCAGUAAAAAGAAGAGGAAGCGGUAACUCUAUCUGAAUCUGAAUCUGAAUCUUAAUCUUAUUAUGUUUAUGUGCAAACUAAUAUUAAGCUAACAAAUCUGAAUCUGAAUCUUAUUAUGUUUAUGUGCAAACUAAUAUUAAGCUAACAAAUCUGAAUCUGAAUCUUAUUAUGUUUAUGUGCAAACUAAUAUUAAGCUAACAACUGGGGGUAGUCUUGCAAUGCUAUCUGUUUUAGUUC